AUGGCCGAGGGAAAUUCGAAAGAUUUUGCUGCAAAUAAUGAUACACAGGUGAAGAAAGAAUCCACCAGCAGUGAUGCUUCACAAAAAUCAUCGACCUCUGCUCCCCCAGCAUCCUUCGUUCCUUCCAGACCCCAGGUUCUCACAUCCAAGGAUAAGGACACAAAGAGACUUGUCGUUGUUUUAUCCCAGGCGUGCUUGGAAACUCACAAAAUUGGCACUGGUGCCUCUGCGGGCGACAAGUAUGCUCUUUUGAACUGUGAUGAUCACCAAGGCUUGUUGAGAAAGAUGGGCCGUGACAUCGCCGAGGCCAGACCCGAUAUCACCCACCAAUGUCUUUUGACUUUGUUGGACUCUCCCAUCAACAAAGCUGGCAGAUUGCAGGUUUUCAUUCACACCGCCAGAGGUGUGUUGAUUGAGGUUAAUCCAAGUGUCAGAAUACCCAGAACUUUCAAGAGAUUCUCAGGCUUGAUGGUCCAACUAUUGCACAAGCUCAGCAUCCGCCUGGUCAAUUCCGAGGAGAAGUUGCUCAAGGUUAUCAAAAACCCCAUCACAGACCACUUGCCAAUUAAGUGCCGCAAGAUCACCUUGAGUUUCGAUGCCGAGAUCAGAAGAGUGCAAGACUACGUGGAGACGUUGGACGAGGAUGAGAGCAUAUGCGUUUUCGUUGGUGCUAUGGCCAGAGGACAGGACAAUUUCGCCGAUGAGUACGUUGACGAGAAGAUUGGUCUUUCAAACUACCCAUUGUCUGCUUCUGUGGCAUGUUCCAAGUUCUGCCACGGUUGCGAGGAUGUUUGGGGAAUCAUGUAA